AUGGUCGGUCCUGAGAAGUCUUCUCAGUUGUCGCUGCAGGCGGAGAUAUUGACCCUGAUACUUGACUUAAUCGUCACGUUAUGUACUGAGUCUAUAGGCUUCGUCCGUGACAUCUCAUUGCGCUCUGCGCUGGCCUCAGAGUCUCGGCUUCGUUUCAACACCAAUAUGCGUCCUCUGACCGCAGCUCAUGGAUGGUACAACCCUAACGGCACCUUGCUUAACGGUAUCUCGGCUGUCCUUCUCAUUGUAUCCUACAGCUCGGCCUCACUCGUCGUAUGUAUGAACUUUAUAGUAUGGAUACCAGCAGGUUAUGAUGGUGUUACCAUCACAAGGUUUCCUCCCCUCAUUUUGGGUGUCGCACUCCUCCGCCAGGUGAUGAUCGCAUUGUCAGGGAUGCGGGCUGCCAAAAUAUUGACGUGGAGCUCCUCGCCUUUCGACCCCGCACUUGUCCACCACACGCAAUCGAUCCCCGCUACUUUCUGGUGCAUGUGUCGUGUGUCUGACCUAGACACGUAUGGAGGUCCAGCGAAGCCACUAGAUACACAGCCCUCUGCGUGGCAUGCUCACCCUAGCAUCCGAAAAGUUGACAUUUCUCUUUGGGUCAUCGUUGCAGCAUGCGCUGGAUAGGCUGCGCUCGUCAUGUAUAUCUGGAAUC